AUGGAGCUGAGUGAAGCCCCCAUAAUCCAGGAGGAGAUGGUUAGUGACUUGCCUUACCAAUUAGACACUCACAAGUCUAUGGGCCUCGAUGGGAUUCACCUCAGAGUAAUGAGGGAACUGGCAAAAGAAUUUGCCAAACCUCGAACAAUCAUCUACCAGCAGUCCUGGUUAACUGGAGAAGUCCCAGCAGAGUGGAAGUCAGCAAAUGUAACGUCCAUCUACAAGAAGGCAAUGACCUGUCCUGAAGGCCAAGUGUACCGGCAGUGUGGGACACCGUGCAACCAGACCUGCAGAUCUCUGUCCUACCCGGAUGAGGACUGCGAUGGAGAGCUCUGUGUGGAAGGAUGCUACUGUCCCCCCGGGCACUACCUGGACGAGCAUGAGCAGUGCGUGCCAAAGUCCCACUGCUCUUGUUACUAUGAUGGUGAGAUCUUCCAGCCAGAGGACGUCUUUUCGGAUCAUUACACCAUGUGCUAUUGUGAAAAUGGUUUCAUGCACUGCAGUACGAACAGAGUUCCUGGUGCCUUCCUGCCAGAUGUUUUCGCUGAUGAGAGGCCAUCUGCCAGAAUAAAAAGGAGCUUGACAUGCAGAUCCCCCAUGGAAAGAUUUGUCUGUCCUGCAAACAACCCAAGAGCUGAAGGGUUGGAGUGUGCCAAGACUUGCCAGAAUUACGACUUGGAGUGCGUCAGCCAUGGCUGCAUAUCUGGAUGCCUCUGUCCAAAAGGGAUGGUGCGACAUGAAAACAAGUGUGUUGCUCUUGAGAGAUGCCCGUGCUUUCACAACGGAAGAGAAUAUGCCAAGGGAGAGACAGUGACUAGUGACUGCAACACCUGUGUGUGCCGUGGUCGAAAGUGGGAGUGCACCAAAAAUCUGUGUGAUGGCAUCUGCACUGUUAUUGGAACAGCUCAUUAUUUGACAUUUGACGGACUGAAAUAUAAGUUUCCAGGAAACUGUGAAUAUGUAUUAGUUCAGGAUUUCUGCAAGGAUGACUCUGGAACAUUCCGGAUACUUAUUUCAAAUGAAGGCUGUGGCUUCACUGGAGAAAAGUGCACCAAAAGGGUUACCAUUCUGUAUGAAAGUGGGGAAAUAGAGUUGUUUAAUGGAAAUGUAAACAUCAAGGUACCUCCUAAAAAUGACGAUGAUUUCGAAGUCAUGAAAUCUGGCCAUUAUUACAUCCUUUUACUGGGCAAAAGCAUCAGUGUGACCUGGGAUCUGGCCAUGGGAGUCUCGGUUAUCUUAAAAGGCAAUUUCAAAGAUCAAGUGUGUGGUCUGUGUGGAAAUUUUGAUGGAAUCCAAAACAAUGAUUUGACCAGCAGCAAUGAACAUCUUGAAGUAGAUCCAGUUGACUUUGGGAAUUCUUGGAAAGUCAAUCCAUACUGUGCUGAUGUUGAAAAGCCCAACCAGGAACAGACCUCGAUAUCUCCACUGUGUAAUGGAAAUGUAGUGAAGCAGAUGAUGGUAGAAACGUCAUGCAGCAUUUUGUCUGGGGAUCUAUUUGAAGAAUGCAAAAAACUUGUGAAUCCUGAGCCCUACAUAGAUAUUUGCAUGUAUGACACUUGUGCUUGCGAAUCUGUUGGGGACUGUGCUUGCUUCUGUGAUGCUAUAGCAGCCUAUGCACAUAUCUGCGCACAAAAAGGUGUUGCUGUUCACUGGAGAUCACCAGCUCUGUGCCCACAAAGCUGUGAGGACCUGAAUAAACAAGAAUUAGAUUAUCGAUGUGAAUGGCGAUAUAAUAGCUGUGGACCUGCUUGUCCUAUAACAUGCCAGCACCCACAGCCGUUGGAGUGCCCUCUGCGGUGUGUGGAAGGAUGCCAUGUACACUGUCCUGCGGGGAAAAUACUUGAUGAACUGUCCCUGGAUUGCGUCAGUCCGGAAGACUGUCCUGUGUGUGCAGUUGGAGACGUCAAGAUCCCGCAUGGAAGGAGAAUAGUUUUGAACAGCGAUGAUCCACAGCGCUGUCAGUCUUGUGUGUGUGAAGGGAAGAACUUAACCUGUGUAGCCUGUGAACUGGUGGAGGACAUCCUAACACCAACAACACCUGCUCCAGAGGAGGACAUUGAACUCCCACCCAGUGAAUACUCAUGCAGCAAGAUGAUGGACUUGGCCUUCCUAAUGGAUGGCUCCAAUAAACUGUCAGAGGAGGACUUUGAACAGCUGAAGACUUUCAUAACUGGCAUGAUGAAGAAACUCCACAUCUCCCAAAAGAAAAUCCGAGUGUCAAUUCUAGUGUAUAGGGCUGGCCCCACGAUCUAUCUUGGCCUUAAAGAUAUCAAAACACAGUCACAGAUGAGAAAAAUUGUCCAAAGCAUAAAAUACACGGGUGAUGAAGUAGCGUCCGCCGCUGAAGUGCUUAAAUACACUGUGUUUCAUGUGUUUGGAAAAGCGGAAAGGACCAAUGCUGCCAGAAUUGCAGUGCUAUUUAUAGCAAGCAAGUCUCCAGGAAAAUUCCGCAACAUCCUUACAGCUUUGAAGAGUAAAAAAAUCGCAGUAAUACCUGUGGGGAUUGGACCGUAUGUUAAUGUGGAACAAAUCAGAUUCAUUGAAAAGCAGUCACCAGAUAACAGAGCCUUCCUAAUGAACAACGUGUUAGAGCUAAUGGAUAAUAGGGAUCUCCUCAUAGAUCAUCUAUGUGAUCUUGGACCUGAAGAAAAUUCUCUGGUGCAAGCUACAUCCACUCCCACAAUAUCCAGUGUCUUAUUUCCCACUUGGGGACUCACAGCACCACCGCCCUUGUCAGAAAAGCCCACUCGCAAAAGACUGGACAUUGCUUUUGUUGUGGAAGGAUCUGACAAUGUAGGGGAGGAAAAUUUCAAUAUAGUCAAGAAGUUCCUUGAGAAGGUGAUCACUGGAAUGAAUGUAGGACAGGAAGAUAUUCACGUUACAGUCAUGCAGUAUUCAGAGACUGUCACUCUGGAAUAUUCCUUUAGGGAAAUACAGUCAAAGGAAAGUAUUAUUGAGAAAGUGAGGAGCAUACCCUACCAAGGAGGGAAGGCUACCAACACUGGGAAUGCUCUCGAUUAUAUUUCCAAACAUACAUUUACAUCAGUGAAUGGGGGCAGGCAAUAUGUUCCUCACUUGGUAUAUAUGGUGUCAUCCAGUCCUUCCACUGAUGUUAUCACGCGACCUCCCAGGAGCAUAAAUGUUAUUCCCAUAGGCAUAACCCCCAAUGCAAAUAUCCAAGAGCUCAGACAGAUCAGUCAGCCUAAUAACCCAAUUAUCUUGCAUAGUUACAGCACACUUAUUGAAGAAGCACCUGAAUUAGUGCUGCAGUCGUGCUGCUCUCGUAAAUUUUGGACAGAAAUUCCAGAGUUGUGCAACAAACCAAUGGAUGUCCUCUUUCUUCUGGAUGGAAGUUCCAAUAUUGGAGCAUCAGAGUUUGAGGAAAUGAAAAACUUUGUACGGGCAUUUAUUGAAAGUGCUGAGAUCAGCAAUACUUCAAUUCAUGUGUCAGUUCUCCAGUAUGCAAGGGAAAAUAAUCUAGAAAUUUCAUGGAACGUGCCUCAGGAGGCUAAAAAGCUUGUAGAGAUGGUGCGCUCAAUUCAACAAAGGGAGCAAGGUCCUACCAGACUAGGAAAAGCCAUUGAUUUUGUAGUUCAGAAUGCAAUGUCAGAAUCCCGUGGAGGGAGACCCAGCGCAUCAAAGAUCGCGAUUGUCAUCGUGUCGGGGAGAUCAGAAGACACUGUGGACGCUGCUGCACUUUCUGCAAGAAUGAACAGGGUAUCCCUGUUUCCAAUUGGAGUUGGGAACAGAUAUGAUGAAGAGCAACUAAGGACUUUGGCUGGACCAUCAGCUGCUAACAGAAUCAUGAAGCUUCAGAAUUUUGAAGAUUUAUCCACUAUGAUCACACUGGAUAGUGAAUUUAUCAAAAAAGUGUGCAUGGGUAAGUCAUAGAAUCAUAGA